GGGAUUGGCACCAGCGACCUCUGUGACCCUCAUGUGGAGGAUUACAUGCUUGAACACUGUGUUUCAAACGCAUUCACAGUUUAUACUGAAACUCACACACUGCACCUUUAAACACUUGAACCCGCCACAGGAAGAGUAAAGGAUGUGGGCGGGGACUAACCAUCGGUGCUCUCCCCUGAUUGGUUAGCAAACCUCCUUCACUACACAUUCACUACCGGUGCUCUUUGUUUUCAUCCUGCGCGCACGAGCCAUGGAACAAGCGCGCUUCUCUCGUGCGUAACUGUGUCAGUGAAUAGCGUCAGACUACGCGGCGGCGCGUGUUUUGACGGCUAAUUUAAUGGCGAAGAGACGCGCGGACGAUUCUCCGCUGCUGCUGCACGCGCACGACUCUCCCUCCAAAAGACGGCAGCGGUCACUGUGCGCUGAUGCUGCUGCUGCUGCGGGAAACACGCACCUGGAGACGGGGAGCCUCAGCUCUGCGGCCCCGGAGCCACCGUCCCCGGACUCCCCGGCCCGGGACUCCGCGCUGCCUGGCAACCGCUGCCGUAAAAGGCCGUACCACUUCCCCACGUGUCCAGAGCAGAAACACGAGGAGCCGGAUGUUUAUCUUCAUUGUAAAACCACACACUGUGACGCUUUGACGGUGCAGAGUCACACUAAUGGAAUCGUCCAGGGUCAUACCACUUCCACUUCAGACACAAGGCGCAACAAACGAGCACGAGAGGAAUCUGAGACUCAUAUUCAAGAUGAUGAAGAUGAUGAAGAAGACUGUGCUUACAACUCCUUCCAGUUCUGGAGGAUUCCGUUGCCUGAGCUCGACCUCUCGCUGCUAGAUGACGACAUCGGCCGUUCUCGCACAGAGCAGAGUUCAAAGGUCAAACAACAGGCAAACAUGAUGAUCAUGUGACGUGAUGCGUCGUUAACGCUAGGUUUGAUCACUGAUAACAAGGUUACGUGAGAUUUCAGCCUCACGUCUUUUAUAAAUAUGUCUCUGUUGUCUUUAUCCUGUGAGACCUCUGUCUCUCUGUCUCUCUCUCUCUCUCUGUCUCUCCCUGUCUCUCUCUCUCUCUCUCUCUGUCUCU